AUGGAAACGCCAGGUCUUGGCUUGCUUGCGAAUGCUGUCUCAAUCUUGGACAAAGAAACGGACCAAGCAACUCCCUUGGUAGGUCUUGUGGAACCCGGUGAAUUUAGAAAAGGCUUGCUUAAGAAGAAACCCAAACGUCACAAGGAGCAAGACCAAUUUGCAAAGGGCUUCGGUGUAAAUCGUCUGAUGGGUAUGAAGAAGCAUGAGGAACCGCUUGUUGAACAGAAAGCCAAGAACAUCCCAUCAUCGAGUGCUCUUCGACCUGCUCACAUUGCAGAACAAAAACACCAUCCAUCGAACCAGAUUUGGCGAUUUGGGAAUUUUGCCAGUCAUAGCAUUCCUCAAGCCCAAAAGGAACAUCCAGAAGGCCAACCUUCCACAAAGAAGAUAACUCCCAGCAGAACAAAUACAUCAUCCAGAAGACUUCAGAACACUUUCCAGCCGGCAUCCAAGAAACAAAGGUUGGCUGACGUUUUUUCUGCGGGUCAGCAUGCAUCUGGGCAUUUGGGUCGACCAAGUUCCCUGGCACAAUCCCCAGCAGGACCUCGGGUCAGUGAAUGGGCCCGCGGAAGCUUUAAUGAGCAUUUCCCGAUUUUGGAUUCAUUUGAGAUGGGCUCAAGCUCGCGGCCUGGCGCACUCUCUGCUGGCUUCAACGGGAAGGCGAGGGAAAUUGGAGAAGCAGGCCCAAGUUCUGCCAAUGUCAACCAAGACUCAGCAGCUGAACUCCAUCCAGUGACCGGCAGUCCUGUAGCAAAUGUAGACUCAACUAGCCUGUUAGCUUAUAAUGUCCAUGAUGGGGUAGAAGAUCAUAUGGAUGAAGAUAUCCCUGCAAUGGACUCCCAAGGACAUGAAGUGGAUUUCGUAACAUGCACCCAGCAAAGUGAUUAUUAUCCCAACAACCAAUAUCUUGGAAAAGUUCCGAAGAUUCUGGCGAUUAUCAAAAGUGAAUAUCAAGAGAGUAAUCCAGAAUUGUGGACUUCUGGUUUAAUAAUACGGAGUAAGCUCAAAGAUUUGCUCCUUGAAGAUCUCACAAAAAGUGUGUUUUCGCCGUUGCGAUAUUGGUCAAAACUCUACUUCGACAGACACCUAGAAUACAAAACCAAAAUAAGGAAAUCCAAAGAGAUUCUUGGGAAAUAUCAGGGGAUAAAAAGCAGAUUCAGAGACAUAGUGACGAUGAUGUGCAUUGUGAAUCUCCAAUUCUUGGUAAAUGUAGCGAACAAACACUCAGGAAUCUCUUACCUUAAAGAACAAAAGAAGCUUGCAAGUUGGUUUACGCUAUUCUUACGGGGGUGUGACAGGUACUUGAAGCUCUCAUGUGAGCUGGAUCCGGGGAAUGUUGUAGAAAGCGAGGAAGUGAAGGUUUAUCACUCCUUUCUACGGGCCGUUCAUGCAAACAUAGACAUCAGCGCAUACCAAGUAUCCCAGCGAGAACAGCCUGAAAAGCCCCUUUUUGUAUCAAAACCGCGGAUGCAGAUGUAUGAAGCUGCUGUGGAAAUCGUAGGCUACUACUACGGCCUCGGGGCCAAGGAACACCGGGCAUCUAUUGUUGGAAAUGGCGGGAAUUCUCGGGACGAAGCGGGACUAUUAAAAGAGAUCUUCCGGAAAAAGACCGCCCAAGAGUUGGAAGAUCUGGGCUCGACCAUCCGGGGGCUUGGGUUCCCCGCGAGUUGGAGGGCCUUCUUCCCCACAGAAUUGCUCGCGUCGAUGGCCGGGGAUUCCGAGCAGCAGCAACAGCUCGAUCUUGCUGGCUACACGAGCCGGCCGGUCUUCGAGCUCGGCUCUCUCGGCGAAGUCGAGCGGUCCACGACCCGGGAGGUGUUUGAAUACCAGAACAGCAGCGACAUCCAGUGGGCCUGGAUCUCGCGGGUCCAGAUCCACCAGCGGAGCAAGUUCCACCGCGUGUUCCAGCCGACGUCCGGCCGGAUCGUGCAGCAGAUCAAAGCGCGUCUGGCCGGCUUCGCCGGGCGGACGGUGUGCGGGCUGGCCAAGCACCAGAUCCUGGGGACGCCGGACGCCGCGCUGGAGCAGGUCUUGGACAAGGUGUUUGUGAUCGUCUGGGAGAUCAACAAGAAGUUCCUCCAGAGCUUCUGCUGCGAGGUGUUCAGCCGAGAGUUCAUGGACGAGCAGAAGCGCGUCCAGCUGUCGUUCUUGGCUUGCUUCCGUGAGGCGCCGGCCGGGGAGGGAGGUCUCUCUGGUCCCAGCAGGCUGAGGAACGAGAAAAUCCUGCGGCUGAUCGUCGAGGCGUUGGUCUCGAGCCGGCGAGACGAGAAGCGGUUCGUCAUGGACCACCCGACGAUCGCCGAGAACAUCUACUCGAUCUUCACGGCGGCGGACGUGCUCCUGGCCAAGGCAGGCGUCCACAUCCUGGGCGACUACUACAAGAGCUCGAGCGGGGAGAAGUGGGAGUUCUUCUUCGAACACGAGGAGAGCUUCUUCCGCUUCCUGAUGAGCAAGAGCGCCGAGAUCUACAACGGGACGCCCAAGAGCUAUAGUCGCGAGACCAAGACCUUCGAGAUCAUCAAACAGCACAAGAACAUCCCCUGGAAGGACCCCAUCAGCCCCGGCAUGCCGCCCCUCCCCCAGAAACUCGGGAGGACCAAGCCAAUCCACGUCGAGCUAUAUUUGAGACCAUACAGUUAG